ACAUGCCUGCUGGUCAGUUCCACUAUCUAUUGCCGGACUUCCUCCUGUGUGCAUGCAGACACAGAGCAGCCUGCAGCCCAGUGCACACAGACUGGGACUGGGACUGGGCCUGGAGCGGAUCGCCAGCUGACUCGCUCGCUCUCUGAGACUCCCUGCCUACCCUCGGACCCUGGGCCAGACUGCCAUGCAGUUGCUCCUACCUCUGGUGUUUCUGCUACAGCUCGGUCUGGCAGAAGCACUGCAGCCCCCAGAGAUCUGUUACGUGUUGGAUGCUGUUCUCUUCGUCUAUGGGAUUGUGUUAACAGCUCUCUACUGCCGUCUUAAGCUCCAGAUGCGCAGGAAGGGAGCAGAGGCAACAUCGGUGUAUGAGGAGAUCAGUGCCCAUCAGAAGGACAUUUAUCAUGAACUAAAACCAGGGAAAGUGGAGACUCGCAAAGAAAUGCCGAAAGAAGAAGGAAUUUACACGGGUCUAGAUGGGCGCCAACUGGAUACCUACGAGUCCCUGCAACCUCAGAAAUUUCAGAAGCCGUAGUGCGUCCCGCCCCGAGGGUCCCGGGAGCACGACCCGUGCGAUACGGGUCACAUAUAACCAUGCCAACGCUUCACCGAUUGACAUGACCCACGUUCCGUCAGUCCAGCUACGCUUUCAGAUUGUGAUUUUGUGCACAGCUGCUGCCCUCGUACUUCACAGACUGUGGCCUCCACGGGAACAGCAUGAGGCCAUUCUGCCCCAUUCUCCAGCCUCUCCCACGGGAACAGCAUGAGGCCAUUCUGCCCCUUCUCCAGCCUGUAUCACAGGAACAACAGGAGGCCACUCGGCCCCUCCUCUGGCCAAUCUGAGUUGCACGAAUUUGUAUUUCAGUGCCUUUUGCCAUGCUCGCGUGUGCCCGGUGUUUGGGGUUGGGGGAGUGGAGGGACAUCAGGGGUGAAGUUUAUUGGAGCUGGGGAGUAAGGAGGUGAGCGGGGGGUGGGUGGGGGAGAGGGGGGUGCGUGCAGGGCGUAUGUGCAAGUGUGGGAAGCCUUGGAAAACCCUUCGAGCGGCGAGACCCACCCCUUGGGAACAGCUCGACCCCACGCGGACUCCCUCUGUCUCCCUGGUUUCUUCCCUGAACGGAUUGUGAGCUCUCUCUUUCGCAAAUAAACUCAAUUUGAGAGGC